CUGUAAUAACCACCAUCCAAUUUCUUCACUCAAAACAACAACAACAUCACCAUGCCUUCCAACAAUGGUUGUGCAUCAAGCAGUGGCAGCAGCAGCAAAGGCGGCGGCCUAAAGUACCGCGGAGUGAGGCGCCGCAGCAGUGGAAAAUGGGUAUCUGAAAUCAGAGAACCAAAGAAACCAAACAGAAUCUGGUUAGGGACAUUUCCCACACCAGAAAUGGCAGCUAUUGCCUAUGAUGUUGCUGCCCUUGCUCUGAAGGGUAAGGAUGCUGAACUCAACUUCCCUAACUCGGUUUCUUCUCUGCCUGUCCCUGCUUCUUCUUCCGCGCGUGAUAUUCAGAUGGCGGCGGCUGGUGCUGCGGCUGCACUUGGAGCAGCCAAGGAUGCACUCAAGGGCAGUGAGGGGAAUAACAAUGUCUCUGUGGAACAACAAGAGGUUGUUUCUGUGGGGAACAACAACAAUGACAAUUAUGAGUUUGUGGAUGAGGACUUGAUCUUUGAUAUGCCAAAUGUUUUGGUUAACAUGGCUGAAGGAAUGCUGCUAAGCCCUCCUCGUUUUGACUUUGCUAGUGCUGAUGACUAUGCUUCCUCAGAAAAUUACAUGGGGAGUGAAGAUCCAAACCUCUGGAGUUAUCCCUAUUUUCCAUAAGAUAAUUAAUGUUAAAUAAGGUAUAUAUAGAAUGCAUGAAUCUUAAAAUAAUAAUGCUAAUAUAUAACAAUAAUGAUAAGAAGAAGAAUAAGGUAAAGUGUAAGAAAUUAUGGGAGAACUCUCACAUCAAGGGUUUGCUUAGACAUGAGGAAAUGUAAGGUAAUGUAUGUAUGGAGGUGUGUCUUUCUUUCUUUUUUUGGUUCUUUAAUUCCCUUAUGUACAUUAUAACCUUCUAUGUUAAGGCUUAGA